AGAGCAGCCUGAACCUGAACCAGAACCAGAACUGAACCAGAACUUAACCAGAACUGAACCAGAACUGAACCUGAACCAGAACCAGAACUGAACCAGAACUUAACCAGAACUGAACCAGAACUGAACCUGAACCAGAACCAGAACCAGAACUGAACCUGAACCUGAACCAGAACCAGAACUGAACCAGAACCAGAACUGAACCUGAACUGAACCAGAACUGAACCUGAACCAGAACCAGAACUGAACCUGAACCAGAACCAGAACUGAACCUGAACUGAACCCAGACCAUGGACCGAGUCAUCCUCUUGCUGUCGCUGCUGUCAGUGGGCGUGUCCACUGCGUCCUCUCAGCCAAUCACAGAGAGUCAUCGUCUUUUCUCCAUCGCUAUGCUGAGAGUCCAAAACCUGCACCUGCUGUCCCACGAGCUCCUCUCCGAAUUCGAGCGCUCUCAGACGGAGGAGCAGCGUCAGGUCAACAAAAUGUUUCUGCAGGAUUUCUGCAACUCAGAUUACAUCAUCAGCCCCAUCGACAAACACGAGACACAACUCAUAUCUGUGCUGAACCUGUUGUCUAUCUCGCUCCGGUUGGUGGAGUCCUGGGAGUUUCCCAGUCGUUCCCUUCCUGUAGGAUCCAGAAACCUGAUUUCCCCCAAACUGACGGAGCUGAAGACGGGCAUCCAGCUGCUGAUGAAGGCCAAUCAGGACGCAGCAGAGAUGUUUGCUGACGGCUCUCCACUGCCGCUCGCUCCGACCGGGAACUACUACCAGAGCAGCAGCAUGAGGAGGACGUACGAGCUGCUGUCCUGCUUCAAGAAGGACAUGCACAAGGUGGAGACCUACCUGUCCGUGGUCAAAUGUCGACUCUUUCCAGAGACCAACUGCACCUCGUAGUCCAGCCCACAACACGGAAACCCACCUCUAAAUGUGUAGCCCCGCCCACAACACGGAAACCCACCUCUAAAUGUGUAGCCCCGCCCACAACACGGAAACCCACCUCUAAAUGUGUAGCCCUGCCCACAACACGGAAACCCACCUCUAAAUGCGUAGCCCUGCCCCUCGAUGUGUAGCCCCGCCCAUAACACGAAAACCCACCUCUAAAUGUGUAGCCCCGCCCCUCGACGUGUAGCCCCGCCUCUCUGCUUAAUAGCGAUAGUAUUAGAAUUAGCCUCUGUUCAGUGAUUGGUUGAAGCAGGUCGUGUUUCUGAUGACUAAAUGUGUUUGACAGUUAUACAGGAAGUGCUGAAUGUUUUAAAUAAAGUUUGUGCUGUGUUGCAUUCA